UUUGUUGUGUUAUUGAAAGCAAGAGUAGUGUGUCUAAAACUGAUUUUGUUUUAUCUUAUCAAUAAUAAUAAUUAAAAGUUUCGAAAGAUUGAAGUACGAGAAGUAUCAACGACUUAAACAUGAAAAAUAUUUGUUGGUAUAACUAGAAGUAUGACUACAAAACAUCGCUGUGUUAUGUUUAAAAGCAUAAAAACCUUUAUAAUAAAAUAAUGGAAAUAUAUAGUAAUCAUCUGUUAUAUAUUUAAUUAAAAUUAAAUUGAAGAGAUAUCCCAAAAUGUGAAAUAAUUGGCAAAAGAUGUAAUUUGAGAGCUCUCUUGUAAGUUUGGUACCAAACUCAACCGGAAUAUAUCAAACAUUAAUUACAGUUUAUUAUGAAUUAAAAAUUAAACUAAGGGGAUAGUUUCUUAUUGCCUAGUAUUGCAGAAAUAGCAAUUCAUUACCUAUAAAUUUUUUGAAAACAUUAAAUCACUUUUUUGGAAAAAAUUUCUUUACAUACUCCGUCCUUUCACUGAUCUGCAUGUACGAAUUCAGAUACGAGAGCAAUUGUUAAAUUUGUAACAAUGUACACUUCACAUGAAGAAAAACGUUCAUCCAAAGUGUCUUACUCUACAACUGAAGAUGCAGUAAUCAAUCCAAGAUGUCGGUACCUGCACCUUUGUAAUAUAAUUGGUGCUAAAAUACCUGCGCGGUUGGUGCUCUAUUUUUUGUCUUGGUCGGGAUUUUUGGUGUCCUUUAUCAUGCGAAAUGAUAUUAAUUUUGCAAUAACAGCAAUGAUUCGGAAAUCUACAAACCACACUUACGAUGAUAGAGAUUUGAAUACAAUUCAAAAUGUAACAGAAACAUAUAUAACAGCUAAUGUAUCAACUAAUAUAUUAAAUUUAACAGUUUCUGAAAAACAAUUUUACGAUCCUAAUGACAGCUACGAGUGGUCUUCAACAGUAAAAUCUAUAAUUCUCGGCUCAUUUUAUUGGUGUUAUGUUUUAUCGCAAGUUGUUGGGGGUGUUGCUACUCAGUAUUUUGGAACAAAACUUGUUUUUGGCUGGUCGCAGUUUGCUACAGCAUUAUGUAGUUUAUGCAUACCAACUGCAGCUGAUAUUCAUUAUACUGCUGUGAUAGUUUUGAGAUCAAUUCAAGGUUUUGCUUCCGGCUUGACUUGGCCUGCUAUGUAUGCAAUUGUCGGAUACUGGAUACCGUUAUCAGAACGUGCACGUUUUAUGUCAAGUUUCCAAGGGUUUAGUAUUGGAAUCGGACUUACUUAUCCACUUUGUGGCUUUUUGAUUGAAAAAUUUGGCUGGCGUUACGUCUUUUAUACGACUGGCUCAUUCGGUGUCAUUUGGUGUAUUUUGUGGUAUUUCUUAGCUUUUAAUACACCAAGGAAACACCCGCGCAUAACCGUGAAUGAACUUGAAUAUAUUGAAACGAACAUAAGUUUUGAUAUUCAGGAAUCGAACCAAAGAAAAGUCCCAUGGAAAAAAAUUUUUACUUCCAUGCCAGCUUGGGCUAUAGGAAUUACAACGUUUGGUCGUAUUUGGAUACACUAUGUUUUUAUUAUCGAAGGCCCAAAUUUCAUAAAAAAUAUAUUAGGAUUUGAUUAUCAGGCUAACGGUUUCCUUUCAGGAAUGCCAUUUAUAUGUUCCUACAUAUCAUCAGUGAUUUUCUGCUAUAUAGCCGAUAAAAUAGUAAUUCAUCGAUGGUUAAGUCUAACUAAUGUUAGAAAAAUUUUUACAGCUCUCUCUCAAAUUGUUCCUGGAAUAUUACUAUACUGUAUUGGUUACGUUAAUAAUAACAUUCCACUGCUUUUAGUUAUGUGGUUUACAGCAGUUACCUACAUAACAGCGUCGUAUGCAGGCGCCAUGGCCAAUAUUGUUGAUAUAGCCCCAAAUCUAGCUGGUUCGGUAUUAGCUUUUUGUCAAACAAUCCAUAUGUCAGCAUCAUUUUUGUCUCCAUUAGUUUCGGGCAUUAUUGUACAAAACGAGAACUCUAUCGAACAAUGGCGAACAGUUUUUGCAGUAUCAUCUGUUGUAGCAAUUUUAACAUAUGUUGUUUAUCAAAUUUAUGCGACUGCUGAGAUUCAAAAGUGGAAUUAUUCUUCUCGCGAAAGUGAAUCUGCGGAAGAAAGUCAAAUACUUAAAAAACAAUCCGUGGAACCCAUUCACAAAAAUACCUAGUUUUAAAAAUAGCGAAGUAAAAUACUUAA